UAUUAAUCCUUUAUUCUCUCUUUUCUUUAUCUUUCAAUAGCUCUGUGAUUUCAUAGACUAUACGCAGGAUUAGCUCCAUUAAAUUUAAGUCGGCGUGGUAGAGAAAUUAAAGACCAAAAUUCAUGUCAGGACCCGAAUGGGGUUUUCUCUUUGCUAAUUUGUAUGCUGUCUGCAUAAUUGGCCUUCUUGCUUCUUUAACCAUUGCUCAGAAUGAAACUCAACAAGCCACUACAGAUCCUUCUGAAGUGAGAGCUUUAAAUGCGAUAUUUGAACAAUGGAAUCUGAAGGCAGAGGAGCACUGGAACAUAAGUGGGGAGCCAUGCAGUGGAACGGCCAUAGAUUCCACACCAGUUGACAAUUACGACCCCUUCAUCAAAUGUGACUGCUCUUUCAAUAGUAGCACCGUUUGCCAUGUUACCCAAUUGAGAGUUUAUGCAAUAGAUGUUGUUGGUCCAAUUCCAGAAGAGCUAUGGACUCUGACUUACCUCAUGAAUCUAAAUUUAGCACAAAAUUACUUGACAGGUCCUCUGUCUCCAUCCAUUGGGAAUCUUACUCGCAUGCAAUGGCUGAGCCUUGGUAUCAAUGCAUUUUCAGGGGAGGUUCCAAAGGAACUAGGACAACUUACUGAACUAUUAUCUUUGGCUUUUGGGGGAAACAAUUUCUCUGGUCCUCUACCACCUGAGCUAGGGAAUCUAUCCAAAUUACAACAACUUUACAUUGACAGUUCUGGUAUUAGUGGUGAGAUUCCUUCAACAUUUGCUAAUCUACAAAACUUGGUUACAGUGUGGGCAUCAGACAAUGCAUUCACUGGUCAGAUACCCGAGUUCAUAGGAAAUUGGACGAAGCUUCAGACCUUGAGGCUUCAAGGAAACUCUUUUGAAGGUCCUAUACCAGCUUCAUUUUCCAAUCUGAAUUCUAUGUUAGAGUUGCGUAUAAGUGAAUUAGCUAAUGGGAGCUCUUCUCUUGAAUUUAUCAACGAUAUGAAGAAUCUUAGUGUCUUGGUACUGAGGAACAACAACAUUUCUGACACAUUUCCAUCCAAUAUUGCAGAAUACAAACAGUUGACGCAGUUGGAUUUGAGCUUCAACAACAUAAGAGGGCAGAUUCCAGACUCUCUUUUCAAUAAUUUGACUUUACUCUCUUAUCUGUUUCUUGGGAACAAUCAGUUAAAUGGUACCAUUCCUGGACAAAAAAGAUCUUCAUCUCUGGUCAAUAUAGAUUUGUCAUACAAUAAUUUAGUGGGAACCAUUCCUUCUUGGGCAAAUAAUCAAACAAAUUUACAGCUUAACCUUGUUGGCAACAACCUCACAAUUGAUCAAACUUCAAACAACAAUUCUAGUCUUCCUUCUGGGUUGAACUGCCUUCAAAAGGACUUUCCAUGCAAUCGGGGCCGUGGGACCUAUUCCCAGUUUGGGAUCAAGUGUGGAGGUCCUCAAAUUACUUCUUCUAGUGGAAUAGUGUUGGAGAGGGACAAUGAGACUCUUGGUCCAGCAACAUACUAUGUUAGCGAUACAGAAUCAUGGGGAGUUAGCAAUGUUGGGUUUUUCACAGGGAAAAAUCCUCAAUAUAUAACUCAUUCAUCUUCUCAAUUCACAAAUACUUUAGACUCCGAAGUAUACCAGACAGCAAGGCUCUCUGCUUCAUCAUUAAGAUACUAUGGUUUGGGGCUUGAGAAUGGUAACUACACUGUCACCCUCCAGUUUGCAGAUGUAGCUUUCGAAGAUGCUCAAACUUGGAAAAGUCUUGGAAAGCGUAUAUUCGAUGUUUAUAUACAGGGAAAACUUGUAUUAAAAGAUUUCGAUAUAAAAAAAGAGGCAGGUGGAAUAUCAACCCGAGCUGUGAAUAAGGAAUUUACGGCUCGGGCUGUAUCAGAAAACUAUCUUGAAGUUCAUCUUUUUUGGGCUGGAAAAGGUACUUGCUGUAUACCUCUUCAGGGUACCUAUGGACCUUCUAUCUCAGCCAUCAGUGCUAAACCAGAAUUCACUCCUACUGUCAGUAACAAACCUCCAACCAGUAAGAAUUCAAAGAACAACACUGGUAUGAUUGUGGGGAUUGCUGUUGGUGUUGGUGGUUUUAGCUUUCUGGCUGUUUUGGCUGCUUUCUGUAUUGUUCAAAGAAUAAAGAGGUCUCGCACCAAUGACGAUGAAGAGCUCUUAGGGAUGGAUGUUAAGCCAUUCACUUUCAGCUAUGAAGAGCUAAAGAUAGCUACAAAUGACUUCAAUUCUACUAAUAAAUUGGGAGAGGGAGGAUUUGGGCCUGUUUACAAGGGAACACUUGUUGAUGGCAGGGCAAUUGCUGUUAAGCAAUUAUCCCUAACAUCCCACCAAGGAAAGAGCCAGUUUGUGAAUGAAAUUGCCACAAUCUCAGCAGUCCAACACCGGAAUCUGGUCAAAUUGUAUGGAUGCUGCUACGAAGGACAAAAAAGAAUGCUCGUUUAUAACAGUGUCUCUGAGACUCACUUCCAAAGAAACGAAGUCAAUACCCAAACCUUUUGCUUUCUUAUUGGAUACAUGAUAGAUUGGCAAAGAAGGUUUUUCAUCUGAAAGAAA